CCCCCAUUUCGGCUGCCGACCAAAACCAACUGACCCAUUUUCCGUUUUCCUUCCCCCUUCCCACCCAGCCUCUACCUACCUACCUACCUACCCAUUCCUGAUCGUACAAAGGCGUGUGCAAAUAGUCGUGACCAAACUGCGUCUCUGUCUCUCCCCUUUUUUAUGCGCUGUGCUGUGACUAGUAAUACAAAGUGUGGGUAUGGCAAUAAUCUCCUUCCUGGCUUUCCAUCUCUCCUUCUUCUUCUUCUUCUUUUUCUUCCUCCUCCUCCUCAUGUUAUCGCUGGCAGGCUUGGAUAUGGCAGAUCGAAGAAUUGGCAGGCCGGUCGGAUGGUCGGUGAUGAGGCUGGGGUGGUUGUUGGUUUGCUGGUGGUAUAUAUCUACCGCAGCCCCUUUGUGCGCGUAUCUCGGAGACAACCAACUCAACUCAGUCGACCCGUCGCGCAUAACGAUGGGCUGAGCUGAGCUAGGAAAUUGGCCCUGCCGCUUUUAGCGGUGUCUCAUACCGGGCAAGAUGAACAGGCUUUUCCCCCCAGCCCGCUCGCCAGCUAGACCAGAACAACAGGUUACCAAGAAAUAGUAUAAAUGCCGCGCACGGGGAAGCAAAGCAACCGAAAGCCGGACCAGACCAGACCAGGCCACUCCCUCUUUCUCCUUUCUCCCUCAUCCGCAGCCUCCUCCGCCCUGGAAAGGCUUCCUCCUCUUCUUCCUCCCCCUUCUUCAACGUUUUCCCCCAACCCCAGUCCAUCCGCAUCUAUAUCUCGCCACGAUGCAACAUCUCCUUUCUCCUCCUGGCAUCCAGCUUGGCCGCCGCUCUCCGGGGGCCCCAGUUCUCGGCAGUCCUGGCGCGCGCGAGCUUGUGCUGCUCCUGGUGCUCGCGAGGCGCCUGGGUGCACAUCAUGAUAAACACCUUUGUGCAGUUAUACUUGUUGCUGAGGUAAGUGACGCUGUACUUCUUGGGGUCCUUGGCGCGCAGCUCGCGGAUCUCCUCGACCUGCUCGGGCGUGACGUUGUACGACUUUGUGGGGUUGUAGAGCACGGGCGGUAGGUCUCCGUGCUGGUCGGCAGCGGCGGCAUCGGUGGAGCUGGACUCUGGCGUGGUGAUGGGGGCUUGAGGGGGCUUGAAGAGCUUGUAGAUGUUUGCGCGGCGGCGCGGGUCGGAGCGCGGGAGGAACUUGAAGGGCGUGUGGUAGACCGAGGCCUCGGACGAGGGAGGGUUGAAGAUGAUGCGGUCGCCUUCGACGGGCACGUUGAGGAAGGACUCGUGCGGAGGAAUGUUGAGCAUGCGUUUUGUGCGGUUCGCGGUCGACUGGUAGCGGACGGAAAUGCCGGCGACGGCGGCGGCCUUUUGGGAGGAGGAGGAAGAGGAGGAGAGCGCGACGCGGCGGCAGCAGGUGGCCACGGGCCGGAACAGGGAAAGAGAAGCCUCCAUUUUUGUUGGUAGUCUCUGUUGCUUUGUUUACACUCUGACCGUCGUGCUGUGGCUUCAGUGAAGAAGUUGUACAGACGGGGACGACGGGAUUGGUCGGAGAGCCGAGGUGGGUGGGAUCGUCGAAAGAGGGGACGAGGGUUCGAGUUGCAGGCGAUUUGCGGAAAAAAAAAAUAAAAAAAUAGAGACGACGGCUUAACAAAGUUCAGCAAGAUUAUGAGAGGUCUCUCUGUUAUUUUUCAGGAUCACGUUUCCGUCGCAAACUGCAAAUUGGACGCCUGUUGAUUCUCUGGAUAUCGCGAAUGCGGGGGAUCUGGUCGUCCAAUUGUUCACCCGUCCACCUCAAUCGGCGUCUCUGUCUCUCAACGAGCUCCGCGUGCUUGCCAUCCCACAUUGGACAUGAACUUUUUCUCGGGAAACCGCUUAAUCAUGGUCACGUGCUUGGUGCACGGUCCGCGUACGCCGUUCGAAAGUAAACAACAAACGCUUGGGCCAUCCGUCGGGAGCUGCGGGCUAUCUGCUCCACUCCUCCGCUCCAAUUCCCGAUUUUCUGCGGACCUUGACGGCCGGACACAGUGGGUCUGUUCGGUUCAUCCCAUGUUGUUUUUGUCUGAGCACCAACCGGGCCCCGCCCGGUUUCCCGGAUAGAUUCGGCCCAUUAAUACAUUCCUCUUUUCCCAUUUGGGCCCGGCAACCUUCCACAUGUCCCAGAUACUACUCGUUAGUCGUUACCUGGGUCAGAUUGUCCAUCGGUGACCGGAGACUACGGGUACCGCAUAAACCGCGAAAUGCGUGUGGAACAAUAAUCAUGCUUUCUGUACACAAGACACGAUCACGAUGUUUGUCCGGUCGGCCCAUCUGGCUUUCGUCGGAGUGUAUCGGGACACCUCUGAGGCGAAUUGGAAACGCGUGACGAUUAUGCAGGGGUUUUGAGUUUCCUUCGAGAAGAGCCACUCACAUGACUCACCGUGAGAAAGAAGAUUGAAAAAGACUCUGGAAACCACAAGCGAGCUCGGUUCUUUUGGUAACCCCGCAUUUGCUUCCCCAGAUUCCUGGGUUGUCGUUAUGGUCCAGGGUGAGGCAGCGCAAUGGUCUUCGAAUCCGUUUAGUUGCGCCAGGCUGUGUUGUGGUCCUGGAAACAACCACAAAUCCAACGAUCUGUAUACCUUGAGCAACCGAUGCUGGAAUUGUCGGGUCCGAGUCUAGAAUUUUGGAUGCCGGAAGCUUAAAAGGUCCCGGGAUGAUGGAUACAUGGAAUGGCAUGGCAUGGCGCCGGUGUGUGCACAAGCGACAUUGAUGUGAAGUUGGAAAAGGCUCGUUGUCGGACGCCGUGUGACGUAGAGACUAGCAUUCCCCACCUGAUUCUGUCUCAAUUUCAGGGUCGAAAUGCCAGGCACAUCCAACACCCCACGGCAUCAGGUGCUCUUCUUGUGAUCGACAAGUGGGCUGAGAGCAACUUGAAGACGACACCCGGAACUUGGUCCGACAGAAAUCUUCAUGUAAGUGUUGUUGAUACCGUCGACUCGACUGCGACCGACUGCAACCAUGUGUCUGGACAAGUCAGGCCGUCUCAGUAG